GCAUGACGAGAUGAGCGAUACGUAGGAACGUCCUAGGACCAUUCUUCCGAGAUAGGAAGAUUGGCGACAAAUUAGCGCUUUCCGUUUCACGAUGGCAAUUCUGUCUUCCAAGUCUGCGACAUUGUUUGAUAUCGAUAAUAUCGGCAAAAUAUUAAAUAUAAAUAUUUUCAGCCCGGACCAUCCCUUUAAAUCGGCCACUUGUACGAAUGCAUUCCACUGCACUGAUCUGAUAGUUUUCAGAUCAGUGAUGCAUUCAAGGGAGAAAAAUGCCGGGUAUUUUUCUGAGGCGAUUAAUGCGCCGAGGCGUACGAUGCGUCCAAAUUUGUGAUCUUUAUUACAAUACUUGUUUGCUGCUUUUUCUUCAUCUGAGCAUCAUUUCAACUUCGAACCAGCAAACACACAGGUGGUGUAACCUAUUCUCUCUCUCUCUUUUCGUGAAAUAAAGAAAACAAACAAUUAUGUGUGACGACGAUGUUAGCGCUCUUGUCAUCGACAACGGAUCCGGUAUGGUGAAGGCCGGAUUCGCCGGAGACGAUGCCCCAAGGGCUGUCUUUCCAUCCAUCGUUGGUAGGCCCCGUCACCAGGGUGUCAUGGUCGGUAUGGGACAGAAGGACAGCUAUGUUGGAGACGAGGCCCAGAGCAAGAGAGGUAUCCUCACCCUGAAGUACCCCAUCGAGCACGGUAUUGUCACCAACUGGGACGAUAUGGAGAAGAUCUGGCAUCAUACCUUCUACAAUGAGCUCCGUGUUGCCCCAGAAGAGCACCCCGUCCUCCUAACCGAGGCUCCCCUCAACCCCAAGGCCAACAGGGAAAAGAUGACACAGAUCAUGUUUGAGACCUUCAACUCACCCGCCAUGUACGUCGCCAUCCAGGCCGUGCUUUCUCUCUACGCCUCUGGUCGUACCACUGGUAUCGUUUUCGACUCUGGUGACGGCGUUUCCCACACCGUUCCCAUCUACGAGGGUUACGCCCUUCCCCAUGCCAUCAUCCGUCUGGACUUGGCUGGACGUGAUCUCACCGACUACCUGAUGAAGAUCCUCACCGAGCGUGGCUACACUUUCACAACCACUGCUGAGCGUGAAAUCGUUCGUGACGUCAAGGAGAAGCUAUGCUACGUCGCCCUUGACUUCGAGCAGGAGAUGCUGACUGCUGCCUCAUCCUCCUCCCUCGAGAAGAGCUACGAGCUUCCCGAUGGACAGGUCAUCACCAUCGGCAACGAGCGAUUCCGUUGCCCAGAGACUCUCUUGCAGCCAUCCUUCAUUGGAAUGGAAUCUGCUGGCAUCCACGAGACCUGCUACAACAGCAUCAUGAAGUGCGAUGUUGACAUCCGUAAGGAUCUGUACGCCAAUACUGUCCUGUCUGGAGGCUCCACCAUGUUCCCAGGAAUCGCAGACAGGAUGCAGAGGGAGAUCAGCGCUCUUGCCCCGCCAACCAUGAAGAUCAAGAUCAUCGCUCCUCCUGAGAGGAAAUAUUCUGUAUGGAUCGGAGGCUCUAUCCUUGCCUCUCUCUCAACCUUCCAACAGAUGUGGAUCAGCAAGCAGGAAUACGAUGAGUCUGGCCCAUCCAUCGUUCACAGGAAAUGCUUCUAAACAACUCGUCUUUUCGUUUUACUUCUGUUGAGCACAAUAACGGGGUGGGUAAAGUGGGUCACCUUUAUUAAAUGGGAAAAUUCUGGAACAGUUAGGUUGAUCAGGAAUUAUCUAGCUAUCGAUCUCCGAUAAUAGUCCCAUUAUGGUUAUCAAUUGCUCAAACACUCGACAUAAUGUCGAUUUCUUUGCCCAUAUUGGUGACCACUUUACCAUGUUUACCAAUUUGUUAAAGAAAAUAAAAUCAAAUAUGUCCUGAACCUGCCUCAACUUGGGCAAAAGUAAAGAGAGAGAACUGUUGUGAGAAAAGGUUGACAUUAUCUUCUGGAUCCGAGGUUGAUAAUGAGGGUAAAAAAUCAACAUCCAAACUUAUUCUAACUUAAUAAAAAAUAGUUCCCUUUAGUUCACUAAUUUUGUUCAACUAAAAUUUCUUUGAGCCAAUCCGUGAUACAACGGAAUAACAUUCUUGCAAAAGCACACGAUUUUGUAUCUUUAUAUAUAUUUAUAAGUAAAUUGCUUUAGAUAAAACUUAUGAUUGCAUUAUAAUCUUAAAAAAAAGAAUAAUCUAUGAUACAUAAUGAUAAAAACGCGCGUUUUAACUUGGAUUAUGCAUAUUUUUGUUUGAUAUGGACACUAAAUAUAUUUUGUAACUAUAAAAAUAUACGAAAAAAAAAAGAAAAUCAACUGCACUUCUCAACAUAAGAGUGCAAAAAAAACCAAGCAGUACUAUGUAUGCAGUAUUACUGAUUCAGUACUCAUUAUUUCUCGUGUGUUUUAAUAGUUUUAUGUAUUUUAGUUUAGUGAUGCGAUGUAUGAAUAAUGAAGGGGAUUGUUUAGCUUAUGUCAGACUCUUUCAACGUGUGCGCGUUUACUCUAAAUGACGAGGACUUGGAUAACUUGGAGAUGGGCUGUCGAUUAGUUACCAGUUUAGAUUUAGAAUAAAGUCUCAAAUAUUAAAUUUUAA